AUGUCUUCAUGGAAAUGCAACUCCCCCAACUCUCCAUCUUCACCUUUAUUGAUUCCAUCUUUAUCUUCUUCUUCUUCUUUAAACCCCUGCGACAACACAAGCAGUCAACUCUGUAACACAAGGGCUCCCGGUUCAAGUUUCGAUGACUCUAAUGUUAUUGAAGUUGAUGCUAACGUGGAUUCCUCUGUUUGGUCUGCUUUCUUGCCUUCAAUGCUGAAGCCUAGUAACGAGACGAAGAUUAGGGACGAAGAUCAAGAUCAAGAUUGUGGUCCUUUUGAUGGGGAUUCGCUUGUUAAUACAUUCAAUAAAGCCGUGAUUUUAAAGGGUCAUGGUACUGAUGUACAACAAAAAAUGUUAUGGUGGACUGAAGCUUUAUGGGUUGUUAUCAGUUACCAUACAUGUAACAAGUACUUCACAUUUGUGGCAGAGGACACUAAUUCAGGGGUUCACACAGGGAACACUAAUUCAGGAGCAGUUAUGAGGUCAUUGAAGAUUUUGAACUAUAAUGUUGGGUUCCGAGAAGACUUGAUGAUGCGAAAGAAGAUGAAAGCAGUCGGUGACCUAAUUCAACAGCAUUCUCCAGACCUUAUUUGUUUUCAGGAGGUUACUGCUAAAAUAUACGACAUACUUCACCAAUCCAGCUGGUGGAUGGUAUAUCAGUGCGCACUGUCCGGAGAAGAGAUAGAUUCUGGGAAAUUCUUUUGCAUGCAGUUAACCAAAUUGCAAGUGAAAUCGUUCAAUUGCAUACCCUUCAAAAAUUCAACAAUGAGGAGAAAACUUUGUGUUGCUGAGUUUAAAGAUAAGGAGGACAAGCUUUUGGUUGUCGCCUCUAGCCAUCUCGAGAUACCAUGCCUGCGUCGUCCUACAUCAAAUCAAAUGCUUAGCAGGGUAUGUGUGGAGCAGGCAAAGGAGGCUAUGAACCAUCUGGAGAGGAAUGAAAAUGUGAUCUUUUGUGGUGAUUUGAACUGGGAUGACAAGCUGGAUGGUCAGUUUCCUUUACCUGCGGGAUGGGUUGAUGCCUGGACAGAAUCAAGGCCAGGGGAAAAUGGGUGGAUGUAUGAGUUUUCUGGUAAUGGCACACUGCAGAAGCGGCAAGACCGGUUUAUUUGCCAUUUGCGUGAUUAUAAGAUUAGUAGAAUUGACAUGAUUGGGAUAUUAGAGGCAAUACCCCUUUUGCUUUUAACAAUCAGUAGCCAGUGAUGUUGGUUAUGAUGAAGUGAAUGGUUUAACGGAACUAAUGAUAC